CUCAAAACAAUCAUCUAAUCAAAAGGAGCGAAAAUCUGAAAAAGCAGGAAAAAUGGGCUUUUCGGCUAUCGAUAAGUUGAUCCGGCCGUUUCUUCAACUUCACGAGUGGGAUAACGGCGCCGAGCGGAUUGUUCACACGACAACCAUCCAAAUUUUGAUAUGCUUUGGAUUUUUGGUGUCUUCCAAUAUGAUGUUCGGCCAGCCGAUCACUUGUCUGAUGCUUCCAGAAACUCCAGAUUCAUCUGCCAAUUAUUUUCACGAUUUCUGCUUCUAUCAGGACAAGCUGCGCAUUCCUCCGCUUCACAACGCUGUGAAAAGAUCAACGAGGCAAGGAACAAUGAAUAUCAAUAACAUCAUGCCUCAGGAAGUUGCUGUGACCUAUUAUCAGUGGACCCCAUUCAUCAUUUUUCUCCAAGUGGCCAUGUGCCUCGUUCCGGCUUUAAUGUGGAAAUUUUUCGGGCUUCAUUACUUUUACGGCCACGACUUUGCUGCAAUCGUUCGUUCUCUUGCGUCGAAGAAGAAGGACGACAAGAUGGAUUCCAGCAAUUCCAAUUAUGAAGUUGACGCACGAGAGACCCUCCGCUGGCUUGAGCACAAGAAGCGCGAACGUUUCGGUAUGCAUACCACUAUGAUGAUCUACGUGGCGAUGAAAUGGAUGACAUUCGCAUCGUUACUUUUCCAGUUCAACUUGAUGGCAAAAAUCUACGCCUCCGGAGAGCUUUUGUGGGGUGUUCAUAUUUCCUAUGAGCUGUUGAAUGGAGCAUACAAGAACGUUUACACCGGAGUUUUCCCACAAAUCGUGGGAUGUAAUCCUCAUAGAGCGCAAUUGGGUGGAGUUGUGAACGAGUUCAUCAUGCGCUGCAUUCUCCCACAGAACUUUGUGAAUUCAAAAGUGUUCCUGUUCCUCUACUGGUGGUAUAUUCUAGCAAUGCUUGUCAGUAUCUACUCGGCCGUUCAGUUCACCGCGAUGUUGUUCCUUCCGAAAUAUCAACGAUACGCUACAAAAUCCCUUCUCCCAACGGAAGAAUUCUUCAACGAACAUGCCGAGAAACCGACGAAAGGUUCACUGGAAUUCUUUGUCGACUAUAUGGGAAACGACGGCUAUCUACUUCUCCAAUGUGCCAGCGUUCCGUUGAGUGUCGUCAGAAUUCGGUUCUUCUUGAACUCUCUGUAUACGAUUGUUGUUGAGAAGAAAAAAGAAUACGAGGAUCAGAAACCGAUGGUCCCAAGAAAGCAGAAAACACCGAUUGAUCACAUUCAAUUCGACGGUCCUGAUCGUUCUGGUACAAAAGGACCUUACAAAAAUGGGAAGGCAAUGAUCAUGAGCGACGGAGAUUCCUACACGAAACAGCUUCUCUCACACUCCUCGCCGUCAUGCAGCCCAGCAUCCUCGCAACGCUACUCCGCGGCUCCCGGGAAAAAUCUCGAAGAUUAUGAAUAACUAUUCCCUCAUUUGCACUACUUACACAAUUCAUGUUCUAUAAUUUCUCAUUCAAAUAUUGCACUUUUCCUUCAAUUACGUCUUAUUUUUGAAUUUUUCCGCUUCAAUAUAUUAUUUUCCUGUAAA